UCUCUCUUGCAGAUGGCGAGGGCCCCGAAUUACAAGCCUGCUGCUUGGAUUUUAUCCGCCUACCUGGCGGUGGAUCGCUUUGCAGCUGCUCAACGAGUAAAGAUGGUCUCGACGAAAAGGAGCAGCCUUCUAGUUCAACUGAAACCAUUGCUAACCAGCCGGUUCCCAAAGAGCUCGUUGCAGAUACAUUGAGCUACACACCGAGUGAAGACUCUAAUAUAACAUCCAACUCAAUGCAUGCCGUGGGCACCCAGACCAUAGAAUGUCUUUGCGGCUACAUUUCGGAUAAUUCAGGUUCGACCACCAAGAAUAAACCGAUCCCCAAUUAUUAUGUAGCCUCUCUACCUUGUGGCUGCCCAUUGAACGAUGCCUCCAAUGCAACCCAACCCAUUGGAACGCAGGACGCUAAAGUUCAAAGACAACCGAUCCCUAAAAAGCUUUUAGAACGUUCUUGCAACUGCACAUCCACAUCGAGCAUAGAUGGUCCAUGCCCUAAGAAGCAUACGAUGCAGAUAGCAGAUCAGAAUUCGCAGUCAAAGUUAUAUACCGACGCUCAGUCCUUAGCGACGAAGGACUCCACUGAAAGCGGAUUAUCAAGCUACGAAGACAUGGCGGGAAGAUACCAAGAAAAUAAACGAACUCCGGACACAAGCCAAUAUAACGUACCUAUUGCCAAAGAUUCUUCUCCCCAGGGCUCCAUAUAUUCUGGUGCAACCCAAAAAGAUACCAAAAGGCCCAAUGAUUCCUCCACCCAAACUUACAUAGCAAUUCCAAACGAUUCCUUCACCCAAACUGAAACCAUUACACCUCGCGAGAAACAGACUCCAAAAGAUGUGGUCGUAAAAACCAAGAAACAAGAUACUCCUCCAAAAAGUUCGGAGAAACGUUUUUGGAAACGUCCACAAAUUGUGGUUCGUUCAAGCAAUGAGUUUCUUCCUCCUCAAAAUCAAGCCAAGCAGGAGGACAAAGACUACACAGGGACUGAUCGAUAUCAUAAAGAAACGCAAUAUAAAGAUUCUUUUACAAUUCCGGAGCAGGAUUACAAUGACCAGACAGCGAAACCUAAGGGAAAAAGUCAUAAAAAUACACAGUAUGAAGAUUCAAAUAAAUCAGAAGGUAGUCUAAAUGGAGAGAUAUGUGCCACGUGCGCUCUCGUCAGUCUCAAUCAGUCAAAAGACAAGAUGAUAGAAAUGGAAAUGGAGGGUCAAAGAGCACCUACAGCAGCAUUAAAUCAGCGAGAGAAUUUUAAAACUAGUUCUGCAUCACGUCUUUCGAUGAACGAAUCAAGCCAAACCUUAGGGCAACAUUCCCUGCAAAGUCGCGGGUCGACCUUGUGCCAAUUCUGUCAAGAUAAAGACCUUCCCGUGCUGGACCAUCUGAUCAGCGAGGUAAUCGAUCUAAUUGGCUGUCGACCCCACUGCCGUAUUGUGAUGACUGUACUUCUGCGGGCGGACAAUUUUUACCAUGUAAACAUCCGUGAACUAGGCACCGGACGUGUGUUAGGCUGCCUGCUGGCCAAUGAUGCGGCUAUCGAAGAGGCCAUCAGCCUGGGCCUGUUUGAUCAAAUUCUUACAUUUGUUGUGACAGAUGUGCGUAGUACGAUUAAACCCAAGGAUGGUCCUCAUAGCUCAUAGAACGCGAGUAUGGAGGCGGCUGGGAUAAGGACGCCA